AUGACAGGCACGCUCGUGGCAGAAAAGCAGGUGCUGCCCUGGAUUCUUUGUUUGGUUUUGAUCACAGUAGCUGGAGAAGAGGUUCCCUGUCCAGAGGGAGGUCGGAUCCACUUGUCCAGCGUGCGUUGCUACUGGAUGUCAGAGGUGACGUCUUCGUGGUCUGAGGCUCAGCAUUCAUGCAGAGAGACUCCAGGAGGUGAUCUGGCAUCUGCUGACACUCCAGAGCUGCAAACGUUCAUCCACUACUCCUUUCCUGCGAAAACCACUGUGUGGGUAUGGAUGAGGGGAGAAGGGUCGGAGAAGGCUGGGGUUGUGGAGCCGGUGAGUCCUGCACGGUGGGCUGGAGGUAGUGAGAGGGGGUGUACUCAGAUUGCUCUGGGUUCAAUGAGACAGUGGAGAAGAGCUCAAUGUGCUGGACGAUACCUCUACCUCUGUGAAAAAGGUUUAACCGAGGCUCUACCACCUAUGGACAGUUACCUGACGGGAUUGGUUCACAUGAGCGGCAUCUACACCCAAACCCAGAUACAACCUCUUCUCAGCGUCCCAGACAUUGGACAACACACAGUGGAGAUGCAGCUGUUCCCAGGCUUGUGGUUCAGUCAUGCAGGUCAGUUGGUAAAGGUUCAGCUUGUGGUUCAGCCAAGCCCACAGUCCUCCCUGGCCCGUGUUCAAAUCCUCCGACCCUACUGCGACCCCAACCACCACCUGGUACCUCCAGGUUGCAGCUCUCUCCUUAAUCCGUUUAGCUGCUGCUCACCAGUACCACUGUGUAACACUACAGGGGGCUGCAGCUUGGGUCAGUACUGGUGCCACCUGCUGGAGGCCUGUGUGCCCAACACCAGUCCCUGCAGCCCCUACGAUUUUGCAGCGAGUGGCCGUGGCUUUGCUUUACCUCCCAGAUACCCUGCAAUACCACCCUUCUACCACCUGGUAGCAGACCUGUCUCUGAGAAUAAACCCCAGCUCUGAACUGAAAACUCUGAGCGUGCUUCUUCCAGAUGCAGCAAUUAUGGUGUACCCUGAUGAUAUUAUAGCACUACAACACACGCGGGACUCCGGAACCUUUCUACAUUGCCGCAGCAGUGAAGCCUCUCAAAACUCCCCCUGGCGCCAGAGUUACCUGUCCCUUAGAGGGGCCCAAUGGGGAGGUUGGUGGCAGGGAGGCCUUACUUCACUGUCCGAAGGAAGCCAGUGGGUGGACGGGGUAGUCUGUGAUCUGAGCAUACUGUACAUAGACACCCUCCACAGGGGCACUGAGCUCGAUGGUAUCUUUGGUUUCACCCACACAGAGACAAACACACCUCCUGAUGUUAGUCUUCUAACUACAGCUCCUCCUCCAGAUCCCAGAUCAAAAUUUAGGCUUAAUAUCAUCCUCCCCCUGCCGGACAAAAAGAACCAAAUUCAUGUCCAAAUCAACACCCCGACACUCAUUGUGGUAAAAGUCCUGUCUGCUCAGAGAGCAAGGAGCUCAUGGUCAGCCCCAGUGCUCCAAACUGGGGUCCCGUUUCUCUCAUCGUGUCCUGAAGAGGUGGCUCCAUCUCAGCCUGGCUGUAAGAGGCAGUCUCCUGAUGAAUGGUUCUCCUCUGUCACUCUCUUGCUGCCCUCAGUGGGGGUUCAGAUGUUGAAUAUCAGUGUGGUGGAUGAAGUGAGCGCUCAGAGUGUGCAAAGUGUGAGUGUGAGAGUCUGUGGCUACGAGGCAGUGACAGGGCUCAGUGUUGAGCCUCAUGGACGUCUCAGGAUGCUAACAGACACAUCACAGUCAUUUACAGCCAAAGUGGAGCGUGGUUCCUCAGUAACAUUCACAUGGGUUAUUGACAACCUGGAGCAGUUUGCCUAUGAAGGGGAAUCUUACAGUGUAGCGUUUAAGAGACCUGCUGAGUAUAAACUCAAGAGCCUGGAAAUCCUCUUGAUUGCUGAUGAAAUGAGCCCAAUGGCUGAGCCAGAGUUGUUGUUUGUCAGGGAGGUCAUAGCUGUGAAUGUGACCCACCUCUACACCCUCAGAGUUAAAGUGGACAUCUCCCUGCCAGUCACCUUUAGGUGGGAUUUUGGAGACGGCAGUGAAAAGGUGAGCCACACCCAGGCUGCUCCAUAUCAGACCAUGGAUGGACUUGUGGAGAGUGGAGAGAAGCAAAUGUACGUCCAGGACUCGGUGAACUAUACCUAUUCUUCUCCAGGUGACUUAACACUUCAUGUCCAAGUCUCCAAUCAAUUUGAAGACAUUGGCACAUCAAUGAAGAUUAUCGUCCGCCCUGAGUUAGGUCAUGUCCACAUUUCCUCUUCCCCUGUGGUGCCCACUGUCAAUCAUACACUUCUUCUGGAAGCUGCUGCAGAGCCCUCCACCUUUGGUGUCUUCUAUAGAUGGGACUUUGGCGAUGGCUCCAAAGGUGUCCAAGGCAUCCACCAUAAAGUAAAUCACACUUUUACAUCUGCUGGACUUUAUAAUGUCACAGUGUGUGUCAACAACACUUUGACGGCCCUGACCACUUGGCUCAUCUUGGAAGUUAUGGAGGAGAUCUCUGGAUUAACCAUAAGCUACAGCGAACCUAAUGAAGUGAACUCUGCCACAGAUUUCAGAGCUAAGGUAGCCACUGGUACAAGUCUCAUCUGGGAUUUUGACUGUGGUGAUGGGUCCCUACAGGGCACCCUUACAGAUGGUUCCAUCUCACACAUCUAUAAGUUUCCAGGGAAUUAUACAGUGGUUGUGAUUGUCUCUAAUUCUGUCAGCAAAGCUCAGCAGUCUAUCAGGGUAGAGGUCUAUAGUCUGGCUGUAAGUGGAAUUCUCCCUAUUGAAUGUAUCAUAAAUGGAACAGACACACAGCUCACUGCUCUGGUCACUGGGAAAAUAUCCUUUCUCAUUUUCCAUUGGCGAUUUGGCGAUGGAUCCCCUGUGACUGUAGUGGCAGGUCAGUCCACAGCCAUGCAUUCAUUUCCAAGGCCAGGUAUUUUUAAUGUUAGCCUGACAGUGAUAAGUCCUGUUUCAUCUGUAUCAAUUAAUACGAGUGUUUGUGUCGAAGCGCCAGUAACCAGCGUGACAGUGCAGUCAUCACAGGAUGUUGUAGCAGUAGGAGAAGAGGUAUGCUUCAGGGUGUUAGUUUCCCCCAAACAAAUGACAGGUUACCAAUUCAAGUGGUUUAGCAACUCCUUUACACCCGCUGCCAAGACGGAAACCUCUCAGGAGUGUUUUGUGUGUGAAGAUGAGGGCGUUGAAGAGCUAUCAGUAAUGGCAAGUAAUAACGUCAGUAAUCAAACAGCCAAAGUUAGCAUCACCAUUCAAAAGCCUGUGAGUAAACUGUCUGUGGGACAUGAUAGUCAAAGUGACACACUGACACUCAAUACAUUAGUGUCUUUUUGGGUUGCUAAUUGCAGUGGAAGCCAUGUUUCAGUGCAAUGGGACUUCGGAGAUGGUUCUCCGAUAGAGCAGAACCAGAACGUGUCACAUGUCUUUACCUCGACAGGUCAGUUCACAGUCACUGCCACGGCAUCUAACAUGGUGAGCAGGGAGUCUGCAUCCAUCAAAGUGAAUGUUCUACUCCCUGUUGCAGACUUAACCCUUCACAGCAACCAGCCCUAUGCUGUAGUAGGAGAGGAAACUCUUAUCACUGCAGUUAGUAGUGCAGUCAGCAGCACCAGCUUCUACUGGACUGUUGAUGGUUUAACUUCAACCAAAACAGGGACCUAUCAAUUUAAAUUUGCUUUCCCCGAACCAGGGGUGUAUCAAGUGAGGGUUGUAGCCCAGAACUUGGUGAGUAGAAUGGAGGCAGCUAUUUUAAUUGAGGUCUUGGAAAGAAUAGAGGGUCUUCACAUUGAUUGUCCCAGUCUGACCAAUAUGAAAUAUGCACCAACACAAGAGGAACUGCUAUUUCUUGCUUCAGUCACCAAAGGCUCCAAUGUCAUGUAUCAUUGGCUUGCUGCGCAGAGUGGAAUAAACCAAGAGAUCACUGGUGAUGGCAAGCUUUUUCAUCUGUUGGCUGAAACGCCUGGUGGGUUAUCAGUUCAUGUAAGAGCCUCAAACACGUUGGGUGAGGCCACAACCACUGUUUCUCUGGUAGCAGUGGAGCGUGUAACAAGUGCAUGUGUUGCAACUCAUUCAAACAUUGUGGCAUUAGGGAAAUUAGUUAAUAUUUCUGUGUCUGUUGUUACAGGGUCAGACCUAGAGUACCUUUGGUAUAUGAACUUUGAUCCAUCACCCUUGCGGACACAUGUACCCUUUCUUCUCCACAAUUUUACAAGUUUGGACGAUGGUCUUGUCACAGUGGUUGUUCAGAAUGUACUCAGCCAAUGUAAUGAUACCAAACAGCUUAUAGUCCAGGAGGGUGUGCAAGAGGUGGACUUUGAAAUUGAAGGAAAGACACGUCCAUUUUAUAUCAGUGCAAGUGCUGCUGUUUCUCUCCGUGGGCUUAUUCGUAAGGGCAGUGACCUGCACUGGAACUGGGAAGUUAGACGUUUUAAAACCAACAUUUUUGAUGCUACUAAUCAAACCUUCAUCUACACUUUUACAAAUCCGGAUAUAUACCAGGUGUCUUUGAAUGUCUCCAAUGGGAUAAAUUGGCAGAUGGUUUCACACAGGAUCACUGUCCAGGAUGGAAUCAAAGAUUUGCAGUUGAAUAUAAGCAAAUCUUCCCUUUGCAGUGAAGAAGAAGCUACUUUUAUUCCGACAAUUUCCAAAGGAAGCAAUGUGAGCUUUGUUAUAACACUUAAAAACAAAGACUGGAUUCAUAGCCAGACCAUUCUCGAAGGUCAAAACAGCUCAUUAAGCCUUUCAGCUGGGAGAUAUUCUGUUACAGUGGAAGCUUGGAACCUGGUCAGCAGCACAGAGGUGUCUUCCAGCAUUCUGGUCACUGAGCGCAUUCAAGGUUUGCGACUUGUAAACAGUAGUUCUGCUGCACUGGAGGCUCUGAAAGGAACCCAUUUCAAAGCAGAGGUGCAAAGUGGGUUUCCAGUUAUUUACACCUGGAUGUUUCACUUGGUGGGGUUGAAGCCCACAUGGCUGAUUGGUCAAGAAGUAAUAUUUACUCCACCAGAGAGUGGUUCACUGUCUAUCAGUGUUGUAGCCAGCAAUGGGGUUUGCUCACAAAUGCUGAAUGAGACUGCUUCAGUGGAGUGGCCGGUUAAGGAGAUAAAGCUUGUUUGUCUUUCAGAGAGAAUAUUUGUUGGACAUGCGGUCAUGUUUUCUGCAACAGUGAGUGGAGGGAGCAACGUCAGAUACCUCUGGGACUUUGGAGAUUCCACUAAAGCACUGGUGACAGACUUGAGAACAGUUAAUCAUACUUAUUAUAUUGCUGGAAAAUACAGUGUUAUGGCCAGAGUUGUCAACAGUGUUAGCCAUGUGUCCACACAGCUUCACUUGGAGGUGGAGGAGCUCCAGUGCUCCAGCCCACAAGUUUCUCUAGUCCAGAGCCAAUCUACUAUCUACAGAUCUAGACCGAGUUUCUUUGAAGCCAGCGUGGACGUUAACUGCUCUGUUUACAAGACCAUGUACCAAUGGGACAUAUACAGAGGGUCCGAUUUUACCACUUUAUCUGGGAACAAAGUCUUUCUUCGGAGUCAAGUGGAUGCAGCUCUCAGUAACCUCACCCUGGACGGAUCUGAGUCUUAUGACCCUGAUGCGGAGCCCGGAGUGGAGGAUACGCUAGAAUAUCACUGGACCUUCAUGAGAGCGGUAACUGUGUGUGAAGCCCCUGUGCUUCAUGUGACUGUGGAAUGUGUGUCCUGUUAUGGCCACUCCUCCUCUCAACACAGUUAUAACAGUGCCAUCAUCAUGGCUGGACGAUGCGAACAAUGUGAUGACCAGAUUCAGUUCAAGUGGAGUGCUGAAGUCCAGACUGGCGUGACACUUGACCUUGAUGACGUCGCUCCCUCUACAGGGACACAUUCUCCUAACUUGGUGGUGCGUUCAGGUGUCCUCAAACCAGGACUGAGUUAUACCUUUACUCUCAAUGUCUCCCAGCCUGGUGGAGGUCAAUGGGGCAGUGCCAGUCAGACUAUACUGCCUAACAAUCCACCACAUGGAGGCCUCUGUGAUCUGAGGCCAGAGUCUGACAUACGUCUGCUGGAGACUGUGGUCACCUACAACUGCUCAGGCUGGCGAGAUGAUGAAGGCGAGGCUUCUCAGUUGAUCUACACCUUCCAGGUUGCACCAUGUCAGCCAAUCAGCACAAUGUGCCCCACACUUACUCUGUACAGGGGAACUCGUUCAACAUUUGGCAGCCUGGUUCCAAUGGGACAAUCAGGGCAAGAAAAAAAACUGUCACUCAUCACAGUCACUGUAUUGGUGGAGGACCAUCUCGGCUCAAAUGUCAUUGCUCUGAACAGAACACUGACCAUUGAAAAUCCAGCAGUGGACGAAAUCACCAGUGAGUGGCUCAGAAACAAGAGCCAGACCGAGCUGUGGGCUUUAGUCCAACAUGGCAACCCUCAGGAGCUCAUCCCUUACACCAUUGCCCUCACCAGCCAGCUCAAUCAGAUGGCGUCUGAACGGACCCCUCAGGAGCUCAUGGACAGGAGGGAGAUCCGGGUAAAUGUGUCUCAAGCCCUGGCCUCUCUCCCCGUGUCCUCCUUGAUGGAUGUUGAUCAGAUCAGCUCAGCGUUGGCACAGGCAAGCGCCGUACCUGAUGAGUUGGUAUGCGAAGGCUGCCAGGAGAAGGUUCUGGAAGCUGUGGGGAAGAUGAUCCUUGUGAUGGAGGAACAGAUGAGUCCUGGUGUUUCAUCAGCUCUUGAAACAGGAAGAAACAUCCUUCAUGUCUUAGGGAGCACCUUGGCUGCUGUGUCUGAAUCCGCCAAUGCCUCCAGUUCUCACCCAGCAUACUCAAGCUCUCUGCCGUCAGCCUCCACUCUCGCCCUGUCAGCAGUGGCCCACGCAGGAGCCCUCAUGCGCACUCUGAUGCAUUCACGUGUUCAUGGCGAGGAUCCUCUUCUGCUCUCCACCCCUUACAUCAAUACAGUUGGUUUUCAAGGAGACCCCACAGACCUCCUCUGUACUCACCAGACAAACCAGUCCAACCAACACCAGGUCAUCUCCUCGUCAUCAUCCACUGAUGGGUCAAAGAUAUGUCCCUUUAAUAUCCCCACUUCCCUUACUGCUCACCUGAGGAGUCAGAGGUCAGAGGUGGUGCAGGUACUGUUCGGUACAGACGGAGCGCUUGAGGCAAACCCUAUGCUGAGUGAGGCUGACCCUCCGAUUUCGACCUCUCUGGUUGCCAUGGAGCUCACCACUCCUCAGGGUCAACCCAUACCCAUCAGGAAUCUGGCGCCUGAACAAGCCAUACAGGUCACCCUGCCCCACAAGUACCCUGUGGGUCAGGGAGACGAGGGGGGAGAUGGGAGAGAAGAUGAAAACAGGAAUGAGACAUGUCUCACUGUAACACUCCCCACUGAAGGACAGCUGAACUUCACAGUAAAAGCUGUGGACGGCCUGAAUGAAAAUGCAGGUUUAUACAUCUCCUUCAACUUCAGUCUGCUUCCAGGGGCUACUUCUGUGAGCUUGGGAUAUGUCAAGAUAGAAGUGAGCUCCACAGUGCCAGGGACUAAUGCAUCUCAGGGUUCCCUGGAGAAAGAGUGGGCUCUCACUCUCUCUGCUCCAACCACCUCCUCAGAGGAAACCAUCUUUCUGUCUCCACUCUCUCUGUGCCAGUACUACAGCGUGAAGGAGAGGCGAUGGAGCAGUGAGGGACUACAGCCUCUGGAGGGCAGCACACUCCAGGCAGCUCACUGUCUCACCCAGCAUCUCACCAUAUUUGGGGCCAGUUUGUUUGUCCAUCCUGGGGCCGUUGUUCUGCUGCCACCGUCAGGUGGUCCCAUGCGUAACUCAGUGGUAGGGAUUGUGUGUGCUGUCCUGGUUCUGACUCACCUGCUAGUGGGGCUCAUCGCCCAUAAACUGGACCACCUGGACAGUUUAAGACUGAGCCAGGUCCCUCUAUGUGGCCGUCCAGGACUGUACCACUACAGAGUUCUGGUCAAAACCGGCUGGAGGCACGGAGCAGGCACCACAGCUCAUGUUGGCAUCAGUCUGUACGGUGUGAACAAGAGCGGCUCUCGCCAUCUGCAGAGGGAUGGAGCUUUUCAGCGCGGAAGCCUGGACCAGUUUCACCUGGAGACAGAUGACAACCUGGGGGAAGUCUGGAAAAUACGCAUCUGGCACGACAACACAGGUCUGGACCCCUCCUGGUACAUUCAGCAUGUGGUGGUGUGGGACCCUCAGACAGACCACAUGUUCUUCUUCGUACUGGAGGACUGGCUCUCUGUGGAGAAUCAGAAGAAUGAGACUGUGGAGAAGGAAAUUCUGGCCUCAUGUCCAGAAGAGCUCAGUGGGUUUCGACGGAUCCUCACCUCCCAGCUGAUGUUCGGGGUGAUAGAGCGCCACCUGUGGCUGUCACUGUGGGAGCGUCCUGCUCACAGCCGUUUCACCAGGGGUCAAAGGGUUACCUGUGGCGCCCUCAUGCUGCACCUCUACUUGGCAUUGGGGGCUCUGUGGUUUGGGGCUGUGGGCUCCAAGGGGAUCAGUGGACCGGUGUCAGCGCAGCUGCUGAUGAACGUGGAGACGGUUGCCGUGGGGAUGACUGUUGCAGCACUGGCGUUUCCUCUUCAGUGUUUCCUCUGUUUCCUGUUUAGGAAAGCUCAUAGUCAGGUAACCGUGGACAUGUCAGUCCCUCCUUCUCCCGUUUGUCACUCUGUGGAGAUGGACAAUAACCUUGGCCAAUCAAAGCUCUCAAGCUCGUCACUCUUGUCUCUGCCAGACUCCUCCAGCCCAUUCCGAGAAAGUCCUUCAUCGUUACUGGAGAGCAAGGGGUUUGACUCCAGUAUCCUGGACUUCUGGGCUGCCUCUGGCUUGGCGCCCCAGACAGACAGAGAUGUGGUGACAUGGCCGUCCUGUGACAGCCUCCUCAAUCUACCAGACGACUUAUGUCCCACCAAGAUGACCUCAGCCCACGAACUCUGCAAGUCUUCACCCACUCUGGGCCCUACACGCCAACUGAGGAGGAAAAAGGCCCUGAUGCAGCUGUGUCUGGCCUCACCCUCCUCCCCACACACACCCAUCACUCUUGUCCCUUCAUCUCACAAGUAUCCCCUUUCAAAAGAAACUUCAGAAUCUUAUCCCUCCCCUACUGCAGCAGACCAGGAGGUGCUUACCGUGAACGCACACCCGGUCCAAACUCACAACCACCAUCUGAUAUCUUUUCUUACUCUGUCUGAGGAGGAUCUGCUGAUGUCCAUAGCAGCAGCAGCAGCGGAGGACACUACACACAAAACCAACAGUAACUCAGACAGCGGCCGGGAUUCACCCAGAACCACAUCCUCAUAUACAGCCACACAGAGCACCUCCUGCAGCAGCUGGUCAGAUCAGAGUGAGGAUAAGUCCCUGUGUGGAGCAGAGAUCCUCAUGCCAGACUCCCAGUCCUCCUCCCAAUACGGGACAGGACUCUACAAGUGUCCCUCUGUGCUGUCUGUUGACUCAGUGGCCAGCACCUUCCUGCCGAGCCCUUCUCCUGACUCUACUCGCUCCACUUCCACCACACGCAUAGGCGUUUCUCGAGGUCAGCCCUGCUGGCUGCUCCCCCGCUGGACACUGCGUGUGAUUUACCCCCUGGUGGCUGUUCUGCUGGGAGCUUGCUUGGCUGUGGUUGGACUCUACGGCCCGUUCUUCUCCAGAAAUGUAGUUCUCAUGUGGCUGAUAUCAGCCUUCUCUGCUUUCCUCACCUCUGCUCUGCUGCUGGAGCCUCUCAAGGUGUGUGCGCAGGCACUCAUCUACACGGUACUGUGGAGGCCUGUGGAUCCAGAGGUGGAGGACCAGCUGUCCCAGGAGACCACUGUGGUGAGGGCAUUUGGAGAGCAUAGUGCAAAGGUUCGACCACCAUGUGGUUACGGGCUGCUGCAGGCUAAAGAUGAGGCGCGCAAAGUUCGAGCUCUGCGAACACUGAUGAGGCACUGUGUGUGUCAGCUGUUGUUUCUAUUACUGGUGCUGAUGGUGAACUACCAGGAUAGUGUAGAAGAGAGGCAGGGCAGGCUGCUGCAGUCUGCUCUCAGAUGCCAUCUUCGUACAGCACCCUUGGGAGCCCCUAACCUCACUUCACUUACAGACUGGUCAGACGCAGAGCAGUGGAUAAAUCACACCUUGGUGCCAAAGCUGCACCAAAACCCGUCACUUCGUCUGGUGGGUUUGCCACGGCUGCAGUACACACAUGCGCUCGGCCACAUGACAGGUAUCCUCCUGGGAAACAGCAGUGAGAGGACGCGUCAGCUCCUUGCUGACCUGCACAUGAUGGACUGGGGCAAGAAGAUGUUUCAAUCUCUUUCUAUUGAUUUCACACACUAUAACAGAGACUCUGGUUUGUUUGUGUGUGUGUCCAUUCAACUACAAUGGGCUCAGACACAAAGAGUCACUGCCUUCCUCUCCAUCCAUCCACUCCUCAUCCCUUCGCCCUUGUCUGGAUUGGACUUUCGGGUGGCACUCACGGUUCUCCUUCUCAUCUCUGCUCUCCUCCUCUUGUUGUCGGAGCUGUGGUCCAUGGUUACUGAGCAUGCUCAGUAUCUGCAUCACUGCAGACACUGGUUCCAGCUUUUCCUGGCCUUGUUGUCAUUGGCGACAGCUAUCCUGCAGUUCUGCUUCCUGUCUCAUGCCUCUUCAUGUGUUUCCGAGCUUCGUAACCAACCAGACAACUUCAUCAACUUCAACAAUGCAGCCCUUCUGGCACAGAGGUCGUCUCAGUGUGCUGCUGUUCUGCUCACUCUGCUUGUUCUAAAGCUGCUGGGAACCCUGAGGUUUGUGCGGCGGUGGCUGGUGAUAGGCAGAGUGCUGCAGAGAGCCUGGGGGGAGCUGUGGGCUCUGACUGUCCUACUGCUGCUUCUGCUCAUGCUCUGCACUCAUCUCGGACACAUGCUCUUCUCCCAGUCAGUGGAAGGCUUCCAGUCUGUACACGAGGCCGGUGUUUCAGUGCUGUCCGUCCUACGUGGCCGAAUAGCUCGCCAAAGGCUAUUCAAGGUUCACACAGUCCUGGGACCCCUCCAUGGACUACUACUAAUGGGGGGAGGUGUCUGGCUAUUGGCUAGACUUGGUGGAGCUGUUCUCAUCCGUGCAUACAGAGCAGAGCAGGCUGAGCUGUACCAUCCGACCAUUGAACCUCAGGAUUAUGAGAUGGUGGAGUUUUUCAUCAAGAGACUUAAGCUGUGGAUGGGACUCAGCAAGGCUAAAGAGUUCAGGCACAGUGUGAAGUUUGAAGGCAUGGACAUCCCUCCCUCCAGAUCCUCCCAGGAAUCCCGUCUGUCCACUGUUUCAUCCACUCUCCCCUCCUACCGCUCCCCUUCCCUGUCCUCCUCAUUCUCAUCACCCCGUCCCCUGUCCUCGGCUCUGUCUGUGAGAUCAGAGGACUCAUCGGUGUCUGAGUCUGGGUUUGACGUGUCGCCCUACCUGGACCGCCUGCUCCCCAGUGUCAGUGCUCUGCUGUCUCAUUUCGAUCGGGUCAAUCAGAUAACCGAGGAUGUUCACAACCUGGAAAUAAAGCUAGAGGAGGCUCAAACCAGGAGGAGGAAGAGGUGGAUCAGUAACGACAAGCAAAGUGCGGAAAGAUUCAAAGAAUCAGCAACAAACCCAAAGGAACCAGAAGCAGGAAUGAACACAGGAGAAAUUAGACACAGGAAGACAAGUCUUCUCUACCCAAAGCCACGAGUCUCCCUCCCAUCCUCUUUUUCUUUCAAUCUGUCUACGCUUCACUCCUCGGCUGCAUCACUCUGCAUCUUUCCCCGCACAAGAGGCUCCUGUUUUGAAUCUCAUUCAGUCUUGCCUCCGGUGUCUAGUGACAAACAUUCUUCUGAUGCAGCCAAUUCUGCAUCUGGAAUCUGUGGUUUGUAUCCUGCAGGUUCCCUUAGUUUUGGGGAGUUCCCCAGGAGAAGAGCUUGGCAUUCUGGGAGUUCUCAUUCAGCCGAUGCAGCUCAGAGAGCCUUCCAGUUCUCAGGAGGACCUCCCCCAUGUGGAAAUGGAGGAGGAAAUUUAACGUACAUGAACGACAGACCCAGGAGCGAAGAAGGGGCAAAAAGGCGUAUCAGUGAUGGAGUCCCUGUGAAAAGGAAGGCUUGGAUCUCUGAAGGACCAGAGAGUGAACAAGACUGACCCUGUGUACUCAGAAAACUAAUUCAGUUCACUCACUCAUCAGUUUACUACCUUCACCAAGGUGUUUCUGUGUUGGGAGGUGCAGCUUGAUUGAAUUUAAUGGGACUUGUGGGCCUUGGUGGAGGUGAUGCGCUCUACUGAGUUUCAUUCUAGUGUUUUUAUCUGCGCAGAAACUACUGGACUGAUUUCCAUGGACUUUUGUUGAGGGGUUGGACACAACCAAAGGUAGAACCUAUUAAUCCUGAUUAACAAGAAGAUCCAGGGAUUUCUUUUUAACUUUCUCUAACCUGGUUUUAGUCUUGGAGGAGGAAUGAGGGCCCUUCUCACAGGUCCCACAACCUUAAGAGAUGCAACAUUAAAUCCCUGGACCAAAAAUAUUGCAUAUUUAAAGAGACACUGUAUACUUAACUGGAUACUUAACUCUACAGACAAAUAAAGACAAGUGACCACAUGGU